UAAAGGAGGAGAAGCAAUUCAAUAUUCGAUUUGUCGCCUCUUGUAGUCCCGCAGCGAUCCCCUUUCAACUGUUCAGCCAAAAGCGCUCACUCGGCUCGCAGACGUCACCGUUGGUCGUAUGAGUGUUCAGCGACAACUGCGGGAGGACUGGGAUAACAGGGAGUACGAACAGAUAGUCGCCGACAACGUGAAGAACAUCGCGAAUUUCUUGUCCAGCUUUGAAUUGUCGUGUCGAAGCAAAUUAGCAUCCCUGAGUGACAAACUCAAUCUUCUCGAGAAGAAGGUCGAGUUCUUGGAGGCAAGAAUUACUAGAGGGGACACAUUGACCAAGGAGCAGGCUCGCCGGUCUGUUCUGCAGGUCUAUAAGGACUUGCAACGUAUGACACCAAAGUUCUGGUGGGAUUUUGGAAUGCAUGAUAUGCCGUUGGGAGUUUUCCGUUCUGUACUCAAAAAACAGUUUAUGAAGAACUCACAAAUCACAGAUUUUCGCGUCAUUGACAGACUCGUCGAAGAAACCAAACAGCACAUGGUCGCAAUCCAGUAUGCCUUCUACAAUCCGGAUCACGUCCGAAACUAUCUGUUCCGGGAAAAUGUCGAAGCCAAGCCGAAAGAUUUCUUGUCAAAAUUCUUGAAUGGUCAGGAAUAA